AGCAUGGCUGAGAAGGUGGAUGAAAUGCCGGAGCCUUUGUCGGCAAAAUAUGUUGAUCAGUUUGCUUAUCCUACUGUAAAAGAUCGUCUGCCUGUAAUCUUAACGAAAGUUAUUGAUACAGUUUACCAGUAUAAAAAUACAGCUGCAGAACAACAUGGUGAGGCUGGGAAAGAAGACUGUAAAUUUAUUGUCAGUAAAUUAUCUGAACUGAAAAAUGCGAUCCAGACAGACAAACCACUAACCGUACUUGCAGAUGGUAGAGGCGAUGUCAGUAUUUGGAACAAAGCAAUUCAAAAGGAAAUUGAUGAUCAUGGAAACAAGCAUCCAAGUUGGUUCAAAUCACCAUGGUUACUGACAGAAUGUUACAUGUACAGAAAAAUUAAUGAAUCAAUUAGAAUGAGUUCAAAACUUCAAGAAUUUGAUCCAUUUGGCGAACAGAAAAGGAGUGCUUUGAAAAAUUCUCAUGAUGCUUGCAUAGUACUGGCUAAUUAUAUUCAUGAUAUCACUAAGGAUAACAAGGAUGUGACCUAUGAGCAGUUUUCAAAGAUCUUACAGAUUGCAUUAUGGGGAAAUAAAUGUGACUUGUCAAUUUCAGCUGGGGUUGAGAAUUCGCAGAAUGUGAGCCCCUUGCUUUACCUCAAUGAGAUGGCAAGUAAUAUAUUGGUUGACUCCACUCAACAAGUAUGGCAGGCUCUAUUGGAAGCAAGAAAGAAUGGGAAACAAACAAGAGUUGAUAUAAUUUUAGAUAACAUGGGAUUUGAAUUGUUCAGUGACCUCUGUUUUGCUGAGUUUCUACUUCGUACUUCUCUGGCGCAUUCCAUCCACUUACACUACAAGGUAAUGCCAUGGUUUGUAUCCGAUGUCACGCGUGAGGACUUCUUAUGGACCCUGCAGACAUUGAAGGAUAGUCCAAAUGAAGUUUUGAGUAAGCUCAGCGAGACAUGGCAGAAUCGCUUACAGGAUGAAUCAUGGGUGAUUAAAGGAGAUGAUUUCUGGACAACUGCGUGUGAUUUCCGGCAGAUGAAGUCAAAGGCUCCCCAUCUGUAUGAUGAUCUAACCAGUUCAUCAAUGUGUUUUUUUAAGGGUGAUCUCAAUUAUCGAAAAUUGGUGGGUGAUCUCAACUGGAACCAUACAACGCCAUAUGAACUGACAUUGGGAGGGUUCCACCCGUCACCCCAUUGUGCCCUUAGAACUAUCAAAUGUGAUCUUGUGGUUGGUCUUCAAGAAGGCAGAGCUGAAGAAAUCACUAAGCUGAAUGCUGAUUGGAUGCUUGGUGGUGAUUAUGGCGUCAUCCAUUUCUGUGAUCUCAUUGAGAAAUAAAACAUCAGAACCUUAUCAUUCAUUCAUUGCCUUAGAUACAAGAAAAUGGUCUAAAUCAAAGUAUCAUUUUCUGUGAAAUUGUUAAUAAAGGGUACUUCUUCAACAUUGAUUAAA